AUUUACCGAGAAUAUUCUAGAAAGAAGGGGAACAAUCCAUACGAUCUUAGCAUGUUCUCAACGGGAGAUAAUACUAUUCAAACGGAAGUUGCAGUCAUCAAAUAAACAAACAGAAAGAUGGUCUACAUCUCAGGGGGCCAAGUGCAAGAGUCAAAGUCUCCAUGGAGAUUGUCAUUUAUUCCAGAAGUUUUCUGGGGGAUCAUCAACUUUAUAGUAUUAUUUUUCCAAACCAUGGUAUCUCCAAGUAAAACAAAGUAUGGGAACAGUUACACGUCAGAUUAUAAACCAGGCGGUGAUGGGGGCGGUCCUAGACGGAGAAUGGGUGGCUUUAGAGGUGGUGGCGGAGGUCCAGCAGCACCACCUAUGGCGGGAGGAGGAUGAGGUCGGUAGAUCCCCAGAGUUCUUCUUGUUGCCACGGUGACUAGUUAAGGACACGGGGAUCAUUUGUUAUCAAAACAACAAUGCACUUGCUGACAUGUGGAUUAUUCUGUCAAGGAUGAGUAAUUCCGAAAAAAAAGGUAGACAUCUAACAUGUGUUAUUAAUAAGAUAUUUGUUGUAUCCAGUUUCAACUCUUCAGUCACACGUAGAACAAUCGGCAUCACAUAGAACAGUCUGCAUUUCAUGGAACAAGGAAAAGUUAAUCUGAAAAACACUUAAAAGUUGAAACAGUGCAGUUAAACCAGGAAACACUUUUGUUUUCACUUGCAGUGUUUUAAUGAUUUAUUUUCAUGGAAAGUUGCAAUAAAGUUUUACUUUGUUACAUAAUAAAUCAAGUGGAGAGGUAUUACUGCAUUUUAAGGACACAGAACAAAUAGUGAUUAUGCACUCCAUGUUUUAGGUGUAUUGAUUUAUUACAAUAACGGUAGAAUAAUUCUUCAACAGCUGUUUGGUAUAUUUAUGCAAAUCACUUUUACAUGAGUUAGUCAUAAAGAAUCUGUAGGAUAAUGAGAAAUAAAGUACAUUGAAAACAACAGAAGCAGUUUAUUUAUGGUGGGAAACUAAUCCUUGAAGCAUUUAAUUCUUUAGUGCAUGUUAUAUUUUUACAUGCAAAAAAAUAGAAUAGAUAGGCAUACUGUUUAUGUUUGUGUUUUUUUAGCUCAGUUUCAGGUGUUAGAAAUAUUUGUUACUCUCACUCUGAAGAAAAAAAUGGUUUGUAGUGCUGCAAAACUUCGAAAUUUAAUAUUUUAUAAGGAAACAAAAAAAAGAAGUUGAAAUAGAUUUUAUUUAAGUAAGAUCUCAAGUUUCAUAUUUGUACUUACUAGUAUGGACUUGCGUGAUAAAUCCGUGUACUACAUUAUGUGUUCACAAAUUGUACCAGAAAUUUAAUGAAGUGGUUUGCCACACAUUAAUGUAUUUAUUUUAUUUUAAGUUAGGGGACUGUUGUUGUUGGUAUCUGAAGCAAGUGUGUUGUUGUUGAACGCCAUGUAUUUUCUAUGUGCCGAUGUGUACCACGGCUUUAUGAUUAGAUAUCUGUAAACCUUAUUAAGGUUAGAUAUUUAUGAUGCUCCUAGAAUUUACAUGCAUUUUUUUAGUCUUGUUAAAUUUUUAAAAACAGCAAGUAGUUAGUUAAAAAAAUCAUAAAAAAAAGAUACCAAGCAGUUUUAUACAGAAACGUAUAUUGACCCCCCUUAUAUAUGCAGCAUAUAACUUGAAUAUUAAUGAAAUAUCUAAUUCUAAGAUAUGAAACUAAAUACAUACUAUAACUUUUACCACAAAUUAUUCUUUUAAAAUCAUAUAAAAUGUUUUGAUCGAACAUGUUUAUGUUUAUAAACAGAAGUAUGUAUGUAACAGAUGUAUAUAUUGAUGUAUGUUUGUAAUCUCAAAUGAAAGAAGUUACGUUUUAUGAAGACAAAUAACCCCUUCUUUAAAGACGAUUUUUAUCUCCGUAAAUAAACAUCUGUUAAGUAUUCGUUUAUAAUUACAAAAUUACGUCACCAGCGCGCGCGUUUUCCAGCAGUCGAGGGAAGAUUGCUCACCGCACCCCAAUGAAAUAUUUCUUGAACCGGGUCUGUUAUACAUACACUUUGUAUUCUUAAAACGAUAGCUGACAUCAUACAUACUAUUGUAUUUUUUUUUAAAUCUCAGAUCUCCUAAUGCAGCUUUAGUGAAUAUAAAUAAAUUCUGAAGUCUUCGUUCGAAAAGAAAGAAAAUGCUUCUAAAACCCUUUGCCAUUGGUUUCUAUGGUGGAUGAUUUCUGCCAUUUCGUGUUGGCGGGGUGAAAACACGAAAACUCGACAAAAACCUAAUUUGUCGUGUUUUCGUGUUGUCGUGUCGGCGGGGCGAAAAAGCAAAAAACGACACAUUUUACGCGAAAACUCGACGUUUAGAGGGCGCCGACACGACAAAUUUAUCUGUCGAGUGAGUUUCCGUGUUGGCGGGUAUAGAUAUGUCGUGUUGGCGCCCUUUAUUUGUCGUAUUUUCGUGUUUUUGCACCGCCAACACGAAAACAUGACAAAUACCUUAUCUCUCGAGUGUUUGUGUUUUCUCCCCACCUACACGAAACACGACAAAUACAUUACUUUUGAGUUUACGUGUUUUCGCCCCGCCGACAUGGCAACACGAAAAAUGCUACAAAUACUUUUCAGACAUCGUAGAGUUACUCUGAAACCUAUGGUGUCUUGUUUCUGCCAUUUCAUGUUCCUUCUUUUAAAAUGUUGUCAAAUAGUUUUUAUACAUAAAACAUGUGAUAUUUAACAAUCUUAAUAACAGGAUAUUUGUUGUUUUCGUACUUAAAUAACACUUUGAUAAAUGCGCGUAGAGGAUAAUUAUCAAACAUGUUAUUCGAUCAGAUUACUUAUUUAUGUGGAAUAAGUAAAUAACUUAACGGAAAAAUUCGCUUAUGUAGUGCUUUACAUAAUUAUAAACUAAAACAACAGCUAUUGAUAAUUUCCUAAAUAUUUAGAAAUACAGCUUACUUUAUAUAUUAAAUAUAUACAUAAUCAUUUGAAGGACUACUUUCACAUUCACCAAUACAUAUAACUUGAUUAAACCUUCCCAUUCGUUUUAUAUAUUUUAAAUAUAAGGGGGGUCAAUAUACGUUUCCGUAAUUUUAAGCAUUUUUUGAAACUAAAGAUUUGCUCUUUUAGAUUUGUCACAACUUUAUGUUUAUCUUUUGUUAUUUUGAGGAAGUUAUUUAGUCAUAAUUUUCCCAACAGAACAAGAGGUUAUUAUGUGAUAUUGAAUAAAUUACAUUUUUAUGAUUGAUAAGUUACUUUAUUGUGACCUAGUAAGCUGAAUUCAUGAGAAUACAUGUAUAUCCAUCUUAUAUGUAUAUGAUUAUAAAACUGUUGAUACAUUUUAAGGUAUGAAGCAGAUGAAGUUAGAAGCUUAUUACAUAUUGUCUAAUAGCUAGGUUAAUUAGGCUUUUUAACAAUAAAGGAAGAAGUUAAAAGAGGUAUACAAACAAAAUAGAUUGUGUUUUGUGGUUUUGACACAAAAAUAUGUUCAGGAGUAUUGAAUCACUUGACAUUUAUAUCUGUGCAACAUUUUAACACCUUAUAUUUAUGAAGUGUAAACUUUGUGAUAGAUGAUGUCUAUGAAUCCAUUGAUGUUGUAUAAAUGAGAGCUACUGUGAGAAAACCUAGAUUAGGACCUUGUGACCAGUAUGUAUCCAAUGAAGACUGUACAUCCAGGCAAUCUUAUCUGGUUCCAUAUUGUUUGCUUAUCACUCCAUACAAAUGAUUUUGAUAAGCAAACAGAAUGGAUAUGCACAUAUCUGGAUCCUUGCUGGCUGCAAACCCCUAACUUGAAUGUUUACACAGUGACACUCAAGUGUUUUUAUGUGUGAAUCAUUUGAAACAAAACAGGGAAAUGUAUCCUAUGACUUGUAUUUUAUGUCGGAAUUAGUUGAUUAUUUAAUAAUUACCUAUGUUCAUUGAAAAACAUGCAGUGGUGCCGGACAUUUUGACUGCAUGUAUUUGAAAGAUGCAUUAUGUUUAGAGAUAGAGUUAACUGUAUGUGUCUUAAAGAAACAUAUGUGUAGAGAUAGAGUUGACAGCAUGUGUUUUAAAAAAAGUGUGUAGAGCUCCCAUUGUUAUCCAUUUCUCUAUGUUAGGGACAUGAUCUUAGUGAAUGAACUUAUUUUUUAUAUUUUUUUUAUUAAAAGUUAAAUAAUUUUAUUUUGGUGUGGGGAAGGGGGUCAGUAUGAAUUUGGUGAAUUGUACCAUCACAUAUUUGUACUACUUUUAUUGUCCUGUAAAAAUAUUUCAUUCAAGUUCUUGUGUUUAAAUGAGUAUAUAAAUAGCAUGUUCCAAUCUGAUAAAAACCCUUACAUAGUUUGACUGUAUGUAUAUACCUGUAUCCAUUAUAUUUAUGCAUUUGUAAAUACAUCUUUUUUUUUCUGAUUUUAUUACAUGUUUUUCAUCAUUUAAAAGUUAUAUUUUCAUUUUUGUGUUUAACAAUACAUGCGGCUUUAAAUUCGUUUGGAAAUUCUUGUAAUAUUAUGAUGUAAUGAUACCCAAAAACAAUAUUUUUAUCAACAUUUUUCAGAAGAUAACUGUAGUAUUUGCUAUUUCUUGUUAGUAAGCUGCAAGUUAUAAUUGGCAUUACUUCAAGAAUUUCAUAACUUGAAAGUUUCUUAUUAAAGCAGUUUGUAUUUUCCUAUGGUAGGGAAUAAAAACACAAAAUUUCCAUAUUGUACAUGAAUUAAAACUAUUGAACAAAGUUGCAUUUUAACAUUGUGAAAUCUGAUCAUAAAAUGGAAAGAGUAUCAUCCUGUUAUAAAUGGUAUAUA